AUGUGUCAUAUAACUGACUACGUCGAUCUUGUCCGUGUGUGGGCGGACAAUCGAUGCAGGAUUGUUGUUCCUCCCGUUGAACACCUCAAAGCACUGCCCGAGACGCCCCUAGACGAGUCGGAGAAGAUUCCUCUUACACAAGACAUGUUUGAAAGGUUCGUUGGCAAGCUUGGUCAUGGCGGGUGUCGCGAGGGUGCCGCCAGAAGUAGAAUUGGCGAUUUUGAUCCAGAUUUUACGAAUAUCUAUCACGCAGUUUUGAAAUCUACACCCGAUGACCGUGGUGACGAGUAUGACUUCGUUUUCUUUGGAACCUGA